AUGUCUCUGUCCAAGCCCGAGUGUGUUCGGGAUCUUAUCAUCCAGAACCCUCGAGUUCGUGUCUGGGUUCAUCCUCUCGAGUGGUCUGAGGUUCACCUUGAGCUGCUGAAUGCUUCCUUCACUGAAAUCGACACCGAUGAGAUCGCUGAAAAUCAUGAAGACGGCGCAGCUCAGCCAUCUGAGACUCAGAAGCCUAUGGUGUCUGACUAUCGAAUUGUCAGACAGCUUGCGCAAACCUCGAUGAAGAGCAAAAGCCUCAAGAUUUUGAUCUGUGACAACGGACCUCUUAAGCUCCUCCGUCCUCGCGGAUACUUCUGCUUCGGCGACGAGAAGCCGCUUCCGCUUCAGGGCGUGAUCUUCAACCAACGUGAAAUUGUUCACAAGGACAGUUACGCUGGGAGCUUCGCGUUCAUCCAGAAGGGCUUGAUCAAUGAUCUCCGUAGAGGACUUUUUCCCCUUCCCAGCCGGCUUCGUCAUGACCCUGCCGCUAAGCGGUUCCGAGAACUGCAACUCAAGAAGAUUGAGCCCCAGGAUCAGUGGCGUGACCCCUACAUCCUGAGUGUUCUUCUCGGGCUUGCUCAGUCUCAGGCAGAGGAUAAAACCUCUCCUAAGUAUCCCUUCGCCGAGGGUCAUAUCUUCAAGACCUGUGCUGCGUUCACUGACGACAAGAACGAGGAUUUCAUGUAUUUUUAUACCGCUGAGUUCUCGGUUGCUUUCGUCAGCAAGUUCGAGUUUCCACUUGAUCUGAAGAAGCCGGAGGAUGCCAUGUCUUCCGAGCUAUCCAUCGGCAUGAAGCAGAUCCUCUAUCGGCCCUACAAGACCUUCCGGUCUCGUCUACUCGUGGAGAUCUCCUCUGCCCUGUGA